CUCCUUUAUGAGUCAUCCUGCUCUUAUUACUUAUUACCCUGCAACAUUUUGAUUAUUGCAGCUUAUUUCCAUUACACAACAGAGGCAACAUGGCGUCUGGAGUACAAGUUGCUGACGAGGUGAAGCAGAUCUUCAAUGUCAUGAAAGUAGUCAAAAACGACGAUGAUGAGAAGGAACGUAUAAGAAUCGUGCAACUUUGGAUUGAUGGCGAAAUUAAAGUGGAGAACAUUUACAGAGAGAAAGAUCUGGAAGGCGUGGACAAUGUCUUCAAGUUCAUCAAGGAUCUGAUGCGGCCGGACCAGUCCCGCUACUUCCUGUAUGACUGCCACUUUGACACCAAGGAGUCAGGUCGAAAAGAGGAACUGAUCUUUAUGAUGUGGGCUCCUGAUAAUGGACCUAUGAAAAGUAGAAUGCAGUAUGCUAGCUCAAAAAGUGCUAUGUGCAGGGUUGUGCAGGGUGUCAAGCAUAUCUUCGAGAUGCAUGACGUUGAAGAUAUGGAGCCGGGUAGUUUCGCAGAACGCCUUAAACAUAAUGUUCUCAAAAUGGAGGGGCACCCUUUGAGGGGUAAUUAAACAAAACUGCUCCUCCCACUUUUCAUAACAGGCACAUUUGAUGGAAUGUUAGGGGAUAAUAGCAACAAUUCCGAAAUCAAGUCAUUGUACCCUUCCAAAUGUUCCAAGCCCACUGUUUUGGCUUUAAAAAAUAGUUUUAUCCGGGUGUAACUUUAUUCAUUCGUUAACAUUCUUAAUGAGACUUUGGUGUUUUUUUCUUGUAAUUGUUUCCACAUUUCUUGUUAUUCUACAGCCAUAAAAGGAUGUAAAUAACAGGCAGUGCAGGCUUAGGGCCCAUGAGGUGGGCGGGGGCCCUUCAACAAUUUGUAGGGUUCAUUUUAAUGAAAUCAUACAUGGUUUCAUUUGCAUUAAAUAUCCUCCAAAAAGGCAAACCCAUCUAUGUUAUGGUACACUUUAUCUUUUUUGAAAAAUAGUCACUAUAAAUCUAAAACAAAAUUAGAUGCUUGUCCAAUUAGACGUAUAUAUGAUAGCUUUAGGCAAACAAAUAUGUCAGUAUUGACAAACUGAAUACAUCUGCAUGUUUAGCGAGCUUUCAAGCCUUUCAAACAUAUACACUUCAGUAAGAAAAGGAGAUGGUUGCAAAAAUAUUGUAAUGCUGGGUAUUAGUUCUUGCUUAUGAGUAAUGUGUAGCUGUGGUUUUAUUGAGGGAGGUGUCCACCACAGUUGAUUUUUGGCUGAGCAGUAUCUACAUGCUUGGCCAAAGGGGUUAUAUGUGCAAAUUGCUACAUUGUGUUUGUGAAGUUCAAAGAAGCGGCAGGUUAGCCAUCCUGAUUGAGUUGACUUAUUGGGGACACCUCAACCUCAGGUUAACUGUUGCUGGUGAGGUAAUAAAUCUGGGCUCUGUUGAGCUAGCAAAUGCAAA